AUGGGCUGCCAUGCGAGCAGGCCGCAGGAAUACGACGACCUUGCCGGUCUUGCUAGUACCAUCAGCAGCGGACUCCAGGAAGAGCGGGCAGAGGGACCCAUCCCAGCCAAUGCCGAAGCGGAGCCGGCCACCGCCCUGGCCUCUGCCACCGAUCUCGGCGUGAGCGAGACGAUGCUGGAGGGGUGGCGCAAGUGGGGCGGCGGCGACCUAGAGCCGGUCCUCACGAGCGGCGCCGCCGCCCUCCUCGACGCGCAGUGGAUCAUCCGCCACGCCGAGGCGGGCGGCGUCCUCGCCCACCGCCAGGCGCUGCCCAAAGAGGCCUUCCUCUCCCUCGCCGACCUCGUCGAGGCGACCACCGAGUAUGGCAGCCUUCCCGUCGCCGCGCUCUCCUACCCGUGGCUGACCAAGGACCACCCCGACCCGCGCGGAGCCAACCUCUCCCGCGUCGCAAGGGCGCUCAAGGCCCUGCUCAGCGACCAUCCCUCGCUCGGCAAACCCCUCAUCCCGCGGCUCGGCGUGUUUUGGGACUUCGGCUCGCUGCACCAGCACCCCGACCCCGCCAACGGCGUCCUGCGCACCGAGGAGCAGAACGCGCUCUUCAAGCAGGGGCUGGGCUGCCUCGGCACGCUCUACUCCCACAAGUACACUUUCGUGCUGCGGCUGACCUCCUUCCCGGACGGCCACAAGGCGGAGGAGCAGGCCGAGGGCACCAACGUGGCCAAGUACUUUGACCGUGGCUGGUGCUUCACCGAGCAGAGCUGGGCGGGCCUGACAAAGGCUGGCUUCCUCUCGCUCGACCUCGGCAAGAUGCGCGCCGGCACGGAGUACGACUGCGGCCGCCUCGUCGACGACUGCAGAAAGGACGGCGGCCGGCGCCCUCCGCUGCUGCCGUCUGCGUUCGCGGCGGAGCUGGAGUCGAAGAGCUUCACCAACGGCAAGGACGACAAGCCGCUUGUGAAGCAGCUGUACGAGGCCGCCUUCGAGGAGCAGUUUGGCAAGGCGACCAAGCUGAGCUACGCCAACCUCGGCUGGGGCGACGCGGAGGCGGCGCAGCUGGCGGAGGUCCUCGCGAGCGGGGCAGCGCCGCGGCUCGAGAAGCUCUACCUCUACGACAACCAGAUUGGCGACGAGGGCUGCAAGGCGCUUGCCGCCGCCCUCGGCAAGGAGGGGGCAGCGCCGCGGCUCGAGGAGCUCACUCUCGGCGAAAACAAGCUUGGCGACGAGGGCUGCAAGGCGCUGGCCGCCGCCCUCAAGGAGGGGGCCGCCCCGAGCUUGAAGGCGCGAGACGCCACCCCUCGCCACACGCCCCUCCCCCACCCAAUGCUCAUCGCACAUCCCCUCGCGUGCAGACGCUCUGGGUGGACAACAAGAAGCAGCCUGAGCUGGUGGCCGUGUGCGAGGAGCGCGGUAUCUACCUCGAAUGAGCCUCUCCAGCCCCGGCCGGGCGGCGAGGGCGCGGGGCCCGGCGGGAUGGCCGCACGAGUAUGA